AAAGUUACUCACAAACACAAAACACAAUGAAAUUUCGGGCCGUAAUACAUGAUCAACACGUCAUGAAGGAAUUGCUUAACAUCAUCCUAACACUUUCAAAAUUAACAAAGAAAUGCAUAAUGAAAAUAAGUUCAAAAAAAAUUCACUUCAUCGUCAACGAAGACACAGGAAACACAUCGCCUUUAGUCUGGACCGAUGUGGAUACCGAACAAAAUUUCACUGAAUACCUAAUGGAAGGUGUCAAUGACCAGCAUCCAGAUAUUAUGCUCUCCUUCAAUCCAAUCCAUAUGGCCCGAGCUAUAACGGCGCUGCGAACUGGUGCAAAAUAUUGCAAAAUAAAACUAACAAACGUCCAAUAUCCAUGUCUAACAAUUGACAUGGAAGUUCAGUCAAGCCUCACAGAUCGCUACCGACAAAUUGUCCAUGAUGUGCCAGUCGAUGUUAUACCUCGGGUCGAUUGGAGUUCGUUUCCGUUGCCUGAAGUUCCGAAUGCGGAUAUUUUUCUUACACUCUCAUCGAAUCGAACAAUUCGAAGCUAUAUUGAUAAAUUGAAGAAUCACUCGCCGUCGAUAACGUUCUAUGCCAAAAGUAAUGGCGAAAUGAGUGUGGCCACGGAAACUGAAUUGAUGACCAUUACAACUCGCUAUAGAAAUCUAGAUGUGAAUAAAAUAAGGGGAACCGGGAAGAGACGUGAUUCGGGGACGUUUGAGGCUUCUUGCACGGUUAGUUGUAAGAAAAUGGCGAUUUUCUUUUCGUCAUUGCAACUCUCAACACCGGAAUGGUCGUGUGGCAUAUCGGCGGACAGUUUGGUUCAUUUACAAAUCGAUGUUAAUAAUGGACUGACAGUUCAUUCAAUUAUACCUGCAGUUUAUUUUUAAUAAUAGACAACAAUUGAAAUCACUCAAAAAUAUAUAGUAACUGAUGUAACUUUUGUACCUUGUAAGAAUCGAAUAGAUUUCUCAGUCAAAAUAAAAAAAAUGAACAUGACAAUAAAUCUCUUUAGUAAUUAGGAAAAUUCC